GUCUGAUUACAACAACGUCAAGAAAAUUGGAUCGGGAACAGCAAGCAGAGCAUUUUUUGGAGGUAAUCGUGUCAGAUGGGGGCACAUCUCCCAAGCAGUCCUCCGUUUGGGUGGUGGUCCAGGUUCUGGAUGAAAACGAUAACAAACCUCAGUUUCCAGAGAAAGUCUAUCAGAUCAAGCUGCCCGAAAGGGACCGUAAGAAAAGAGGGGAGCCUAUCUACAGAGCUUUUGCUUUUGACAAAGAUGAAGGCCCUAAUGCAGAAAUCUCCUACAGCAUCGUGGAUGGAAAUGAUGAUGGAAAAUUUUUUAUUGAUCCCAAAACAGGGAUGGUUUCAUCCAGAAAGCAGUUCACAGCAGGGAGUUAUGACAUCUUAACAAUAAAAGCAGUGGACAAUGGCCGGCCCCAAAAAUCUUCAACUGCACGCCUCCAUAUUGAGUGGAUAAAAAAGCCUGCGCCCUCGCCCGUGCCCCUGACUUUCGAUGAACCCUUUUAUAACUUCACCAUCAUGGAAAGUGAUAAAGUGACAGAAAUCGUUGGGGUGGUCUCUGUGCAGCCAUCUAACAUUCCUCUCUGGUUUGAUAUUGUCGGAGGGAAUUACGAUAGUUCUUUCGACGCGGAGAAGGGAGUGGGCACUAUUGUCAUUGCAAAGCCCCUGGAUGCAGAGCAGAGGUCAAUAUAUAAUAUGACUGUGGAGGUCACCGAUGGAACAAACAUUGCCACGACUCAGGUUCUUAUCAAAGUGUUGGAUAACAAUGAUAAUGGCCCAGAAUUCUCUCAACAAAGUUAUGAUGUCACCAUUUCAGAGGACAUCCUCCCUGAUACUGAAAUUCUGCAAAUUGAAGCUAUAGACAGAGAUGAAAAGCAUAAGUUGAGCUACACUAUUCACAGCAGCAUCGAUACAGUCAGCAUGAGAAAAUUCAGAAUUGAUCCCAGCACUGGGGUGCUCUAUACUGCUGAGAGAUUAGACCAUGAAGCUCAAGAUAAGCACAUCCUUAAUGUCAUGGUCCGAGAUCAAGAAUUCCCUUACAGAAGAAACCUGGCCAGAGUCAUCAUAAAUGUGGAAGACUCCAAUGACCACAGUCCAUACUUCACCAGCCCGUUGUAUGAAGCCUCAGUGUUUGAAUCAGCAGCAGUUGGAUCAGCAGUCUUGCAGGUCACAGCUUUGGACAAAGAUAAAGGAGAAAACGCGGAGCUUAUCUACACUAUUGAAGCAGGAAAUACAGGAAACACAUUCAAGAUUGAACCAGUUUUAGGGAUCAUUACAUUACUGAAGGAGCCAGACUUAACCACAGUGGGACAGUUUGUUUUGUCAGUCAAAGUGAGUGAUCAAGGUUCUCCACCACUGUCUGCAACAGCAAUUGUGCGAAUAUCUGUGACGAUGGCAGAUAAUUCCCACCCUAAGUUCACUCUCAAAGAAUACCAAGCGGAGGUUAAUGAAAAUGUGGAUAUUGGUACUUCUGUCAUCUCUCUCUCUGCAAUCAGUCAGUCCACAUUAGUUUAUGAGGUUAAAGAUGGGAAUGUGGAUGGAGUUUUCGCUAUAAACCCAUAUUCUGGAGUGAUCACCAGUCAAAAAGCCCUUGAUUAUGAACAUGUUUCCUUCUAUCAGCUCAUCAUACAGGCAACAAAUAUGGCAGGCAUGGCAUCAAAUGCCACUGUGAACAUUCAGAUUGUUGAUGAAAAUGAUAACUCACCAGUUUUUCUCUUCUCUCAGUACUCAGGCAGCAUAAGCGAAGCUGCUCCUGUAAAUAGCAUAGUCCGGAGUGCAAAUAACAGUCCUCUCGUGAUACGUGCCACUGAUGCUGACAGCAACCAGAAUGCUCUGCUUGUCUACCAGAUUGUCGAAUCUACUGCAAAAAAGUAUUUCACAGUAGAUUCCAGCACAGGUGCAAUCAGAACAAUUGCAAAUUUAGAUCAUGAAACGAUAGCCCACUUCCACUUCCACGUACAUGUUAGAGACAGUGGGAAUCCCCAGCUUACAGCAGAAAGCCCAGUUGAAGUGACCGUUGAGGUAACUGAUGUCAAUGACAACCCACCAGUCUUCAGCCAGGCCGUGUUUGAGACAGUCUUGCUCCUGCCCACAUAUGUUGGUGUUGAAGUUCUCAAAGUCAAGGCUACAGACCCAGAUUCAGAGAUCCCUCCUGAACUAACAUAUAGUCUAAUUGAAGGCAAUAUGGAACAUUUUUUAAUUGAUUCAAGCACAGGGGUGCUCACCAUUAAAAACAAUAGUCUCUCCAAAGACCAUUAUAUGCUAAUAGUAAGAGUAUCCGAUGGGAAAUUUUAUAGCACUGCUAUGGUUACAAUCAUGGUAAAAGAAGCCAUGGAUAGUGGGCUCCAUUUCACACAAAAUUUUUAUUCCACUUCUAUCUCUGAAAACAGCACCAAUAUCACAAAGAUCGCUGUGGUGAAUGCUGUUGGUAACCGUCUCAAUGAGCCUUUGAAAUACAGUAUAUUAAACCCAGGCAACAAAUUCAAAAUCAAAUCCACCUCAGGAGUGAUUCAGACAACUGGCAUCCCCUUUGAUCGAGAGGAACAAGAGCUGUAUGAGUUGGUGGUGGAAGCAAGCCGAGAACUAGAUCACCUUCGUGUCGCUCGAGUGGUGGUGAGGGUUUACAUUGAGGACAUAAAUGACAAUGCCCCGGUGUUUGUAGGGCUCCCAUACUAUGCUGCUGUGCAAGUCGAUGCUGAGCCUGGUACCCUGAUAUAUCGAGUGACAGCUAUUGAUAAAGAUAAGGAUGAAAAUGGUGAGGUGUCAUAUCUUCUGAAGGAAGACUACGGACAUUUUGAAAUUGAUAGAGGAACUGGCAGCGUCACUUUAAAAGAAGCCUUCAAUUCUGAUUUAUCCAAUAUAGAGUAUAUGGUUGUCGUUCUUGCAAAAGAUGGUGGUAACCCAUCGUUGUCUGCUUCAGUAGAGCUCCCCAUUACCAUUGUUAACAAAGCGAUGCCUGUAUUUGACAAGCCCUUCUAUACAGCCUCUGUGAAUGAAGAUGUAGAAAUGCACACACCAAUUUUAAGUAUAAAUGCAACCAGUCCAGAAGGCCAAGGUAUCAUUUAUAUCAUUGUUGAAGGAGAUCCUUACAACCAGUUUAAUAUUGACUUUGAUACUGGAGUUCUGAGUGUCAUCAGCCCACUGGACUAUGAAAUAAAUUCUCUUUUCAAGCUGAUGGUGCGAGCCAGUGAUGCCCUCACUGGUGCUCGAGCUGAGGUCACUGUGGACUUGAUAAUUAAUGAUGUGAAUGAUAAUCCUCCAAUUUUUGAUCAGUUGGCCUAUAAUGCUACUUUGUCUGAAGCGUCUUUGAUUGGGACUCCAGUACUGCAGGUUGUUGCUAUUGAUGCUGACUCUGACAAUAACAAGAUUGUGCAGUAUCAGAUAGUCCAGGACACCUUUAACAGCACAGACUAUUUCCAUAUAGACAGCACCAGUGGCCUAAUUCUGACAGCCCGGAUGCUGGAUCAUGAACUCAUGCAGCAGUGCAGCUUGAAAGUCAGAGCAACCGAUAAUGGGUUCCCACCACUAAGCAGUGAGGUUCUUGUUAGUAUCUCAAUAACAGAUAUGAAUGACAACCCUCCAGUUUUUAACCAGUUAAUAUAUGAAUCGUAUGUGAGUGAACUGGCACCUCGAGGGCAUUUUGUGACUUGUGUCCAAGCUUCUGAUGCUGACAGCUCUGAUUUUGACAGACUGGAGUACAGCAUCUUAUCAGGAAACGAUCGGACCAGUUUUGUUAUGGACAGCAAGAGUGGUGUUAUCACACUUUCCAACCAUCGGAAACAGAGAAUGGAGCCCAUGUACAGCCUAAAUGUCUCUGUGUCGGAUGGGCUGUUCACCAGCACAGCUCAGGUGCACAUACAGAUCCUUGGGGCCAACCUCUACAGCCCUGUGUUUUCGCAGAGCGUUUACGUUGCAGAGGUUAGAGAAAACGCUGCUCCUGGAACUAAGGUAAUCCACGUGAAGGCAACAGAUGGGGAUUCAGGUGUAUACGGCCAGAUAAGCUACUCCAUAAUAAAUGACUUUGCCAAGGACCGGUUUUUGAUUGAUAGCAAUGGACAGAUUCUGACAACUGAGAGGUUAGACAGGGAGAACCCGCUGGAAAGUGAUAUUGGUAUAUUUUUGAGAGCCCUCGAUGGAGGUGGCAGAACUACCUUUUGCACUGUGAGAAUGAUAGUAGUGGAUGAGAAUGACAACGCUCCUCAAUUUAUGACAGUUGAAUACAGAGCAAGCGUCAAAGCAGAUGUUGGGAAAGGUUACUUGGUGACCCAAGUGCAAGCAGUAGAUCCAGAUGAUGGAGCCAAUUCCAGAAUUACCUACUCUCUGUAUAGCGAGGCCUCCAUUUCAGUAGCUGAUCUGCUUGAAAUAGAUCCAGACAAUGGAUGGAUGGUCACCAAGGGUAGCUUUAACCAACUGAAAAACACAGUUCUGUCAUUCUUUGUCAAAGCAGUUGAUGGUGGCAUUCCAAACAUUCCUGUAAAGCAUUCUCUCAUUCCUGUGUACAUCCAUGUUUUACCUCCAGAAACUAUUUUGCCUUCUUUUUCUCAACCCCAGUAUUCUUUUACCAUAGCAGAAGACACAGUCAUAGGUAGUACCAUUGACAUUCUGCAUGUUUCACCUAAUCAGGGUGCUUUGUACAGCACAGUUAAUGGUGAGCUGACUGAAAACAACAAAGAUGGGGUUUUCAUCAUAGAGCAAGACACGGGGCUCAUAAAACUGGAUAAGAGAGUUGACCAUGAGACAAAUCCUGCAUUUCACUUCAAAGUUGCAGCCACCAUUCAUUUAGACAAAAUAGACAUUGUGUUGACUGUGGAUGUGGAGGUUAAGAUAUUGGAUAUAAAUGACAACAAGCCCGUGUUUGAAACAGCUAGCUAUGAUGCAAUAAUCAUGGAAGGGAUGCCCGUAGGAACAAAACUUAUGCAAGUUAAAGCAACUGAUGCAGACUCGAGUGCAAAUGGACAGGUCACGUAUACACUUGCAGUGGAAUCGGAGUUGGAGAAGAUCACAGAAGCAUUCACCAUUGAUAGUAACAGUGGCUGGAUCAGCACACUGAAGGAUCUGGACCAUGAAAAGGAUCCUGCUUUCACCUUUGCAGUGGUGGCCUCAGAUCUGGGGGAAGCUUUAUCCUUGUCAUCAACCACUUUGGUCUCAGUUACUGUGACAGAUAUAAAUGAUAACGCACCUGUCUUUGAGUAUGAGGUGUACAGAGGGUCAGUGAAGGAGAGUGUCCCACCAGGGGAAGUUGUGGCUGUUCUUAGCACCUGGGAUGAAGACACAUCUGACGUCAACCGACAGGUUAGCUACCAUAUUACAGGAGGAAACCCCAAAGGGAAGUUUGCUCUGGGACUGGUUCAGAAUGAGUGGAAGGUUUAUGUUAAAAGGCCUCUAGAUCGGGAAGAACAAGACAUUUAUUAUCUGAACAUCACCGCCACGGAUGGUCUCUUUGUAACCCAAGCUGCUGUGGAAGUCACUGUCACUGACGUUAAUGAUAAUAAUCCAAUCUGUGAACAGGUUGCAUACACAGCACUGUUUCCUGAAGACAUUCCAUCAAACAAAGUCAUUCUCAAAAUCAAUGCUAAAGAUGCGGACAUUGGGUCCAAUGGUGAAAUUCGCUACUCUCUCUAUGGUGCCGGGAACAAUAAAUUUUUCUUAGAUCCAGAAAAUGGUGAGCUGAAAUCCUUGGCCCCUCUCGACCGAGAGAAAAUCCCUGCGUACAACUUGGUUGCCCGAGCUACAGAUGGUGGUGGCAGGUUUUGCCAAUCAGAAAUCCAUCUUAUUUUAGAAGAUGUUAAUGAUAAUCCACCAGUGUUUUCGUCUGAUCACUAUGCCGCAUGUGUCUAUGAGAAUACAGCCACUAAAGCUUUAUUAACAAGAGUCCAAGCCACUGAUCCUGAUGUUGGUGUGAACAGAAAAGUUACCUAUUCCCUGGCAGACUCUGCAGAUGGUUACUUCUCAGUUGAUCGGUCAUCAGGAAUCAUUAUUUUGGAGCAUCCACUUGAUAGAGAGUUUCAGUCUUCCUAUAACAUCAGUGUAAAGGCUUCAGAUCAGAGCAUUGUGCUGACCUUGUCCUCGUUUGCCACCGUUACCAUUACAGUGCUAGACAUUAAUGACAACCCCCCUGUGUUUGAAAGAAGAGAUUAUCUUGUCACAGUACCUGAAGACACCUUACCAGGCACUGAGGUCCUUUCUGUUUUUGCUACAAGCCAAGACAUUGGUACUAAUGCUGAGAUUGCCUAUUUCAUCAGAUCAGGGAAUGAGAAAGGGAAGUUCAGGAUUAACUCAAAAACAGGAGCAAUUUCCAUUUUUGAAGCUUUGGAUUAUGAAUCGUGUAAGGAUUUCUACUUAGUAGUGGAAGCAAAAGAUGGAGGUACUCCAGCCCUGAGCGCUGUGACGACUGUGAAUGUAAACGUGACAGAUGUCAAUGACAACGCACCAAAAUUCAGCCAGGUGGUCUACAGUGCAGUCAUCAGCGAGGAUGCCGCCAUCGGUGAUUCGGUGAUAAUGUUGAUAGCAGAAGAUCUGGACAGUCCUCCCAAUGGCCAGAUUCAUUUUUCCAUAGUGAAUGGGGAUCGAGACAAUGAAUUUUCAGUUGAUCCUGUUUUGGGACUUCUGAAGGUUAAAAAGAAAUUGGAUAGAGAAAGGAUAUCUGGUUAUUCAUUAGUUAUCCAGGCAAGAGACAGCGGCACCCCUCCUUUGUCUUCAUCUGUGACGGUCAACGUGGACAUUUCUGAUGUGAACGAUAAUAGCCCUGUAUUUACUCCAGCUAACUAUACAGCUGUAAUUCAAGAAAAUAAACCAGUGGGAACAAGCAUUUUGCAGCUGGUAGUGACAGACAAAGACUCUUUUCACAAUGGCCCCCCUUUUACCUUCACCAUCCUCACUGGCAAUGAAGAGGAGGAGUUUACUCUGGACCCUCACGGCAUCUUGAGAUCUGCAGUCAUCUUCAAGCACAUGGUUGCAACCGAAUAUGUGCUCUGCGUGCAGGCAAAGGACUCUGGGAGACCUCAGCAGGUUUCCCACACCUAUGUUCAGGUGAGGGUUAUUGAAGAGAGCAUUCACAAACCAACUGCCAUUCCACUGGAGAUUUUCAUUGUCACCAUGGAAGAUGAUUUCCCGGGGGGAGUCAUUGGGAAAAUUCAUGCCACAGAUCAGGAUGUGUACGAUGUCCUCACAUAUACGCUAAAAUCAGAGCAGAAAAGUUUGUUCAAGGUCAACAGCCAUGAUGGGAAGAUCAUUGCUCUUGGAGGGCUCGAUAACGGCAAGUAUGUCCUGAAUGUCUCUGUCAGUGAUGGCCGGUUCCAGGUACCCAUCGAUGUUGUGGUCCACGUUGAGCAAUUGCUACAAGAAAUGCUGCAGAACACAGUCACCAUCCGUUUUGAGAAUGUUUCCCCAGAAGACUUUGUGGGCCUCCACAUGCAUGGGUUCAGGCGUACCUUACGCAACGCAGUGCUCUCCCAAAAACAAGACAGCCUACACAUCAUCAGUAUUCAGCCGGUGGCAGGCAGCAAUCAGCUUGACAUGCUGUUUGCAGUUCAGAUGCACAACAGUGGUUUCUAUAAGCCUGCCUAUUUGAUUCAGAAGCUUACCAAUGCAAGGAGACAUUUGGAAAAUGUGAUUCGUAUUUCUGCUAUCUUGGAGAAGAAUUGCUCUGGACUGGAUUGUCAGGAACAACACUGUGAGCAAAGUCUAUCUAUUGAUUCGCAUUCCCUGAUGACCUAUAGCACAGCACGAAUUAGUUUUGUGUGUCCCCGCUUCUACAGGAAUGCGCGUUGCAUGUGCAAUGGAGGACUCUGCCCAGGGUCGAAUGAUCCCUGUCUGGAGAAGCCGUGUCCAGGGGACAUGCAGUGUGUGGGGUAUGAAGCUAACCGGAGACCGUUCAUCUGCCAGUGCCCACCAGGAAAGCUUGGCGAAUGCUCAGGCCACACUUCCCUUAGCUUUGCUGGGAAUAGCUACAUUAAAUACCGGGUUUCUGAAAAUAGCAAGAAAGAGGAAUUCAAGUUGGCUCUCCGUCUGCGAACCCUGCAAAGCAAUGGGAUUAUAAUGUACACCAGAGCGAAUCCCUGUAUAAUUCUGAAGAUUGUCGAUGGCAAAUUGUGGUUCCAGUUGGACUGCGGAAGUGGCCCGGGAAUCCUGGGAAUUUCUGGCAGGGCAGUUAAUGAUGGAAGCUGGCAUUCGGUCUUCUUGGAGCUGAAUCGUAAUUUCACAAGCUUGUCCCUGGAUGACAGCUACGUGGAGCGCCGCAAAGCCCCCCUCUACUUCCAGACUCUCAGCACGGAUAGCUCCGUCUACUUCGGCGCCCAGGUCCAAGUGGAUAACGUCCGCAGUCUGACCGACAAAAGAACAACGCAGGUUUUGAGCGGCUUUCAGGGUUGCCUGGAUUCAGUUGUCCUAAAUAACAACGAACUGCCGCUCCAAAACAAGCGCAGCAGCUUUGCUGAAGUGGUUGGCCUGACGGAAUUAAAGCUUGGCUGCGUCCUCUACCCCGAUGCCUGUGAGAGACAUCCCUGCCAGAACGGCGGCACCUGUACCACCGUGCCAUCUGGUGGCUACCAGUGCAAUUGCCUGUCCCAGUUUACGGGAAGGAAUUGUGAGUCGGAGAUCACAGCCUGCUUCCCAAAUCCCUGCCGGAAUGGAGGCUCAUGCGAUCCCAUCGGCAAUGCUUUCAUCUGCAACUGUAGAAAUGGCCUGACAGGAGUAACGUGUGAAGAAGACAUCAAUGAGUGUGAAAGAGAAGAAUGUGAAAAUGGUGGCUCCUGUGUCAACAUAUUUGGUUCCUUUCUGUGUAACUGCACCCCUGGCUAUGUGGGGCAAUACUGUGGUCUUCGCCCCGUGGUGGUUCCCAAUAUACAAGCUGGGCAUUCAUACGUUGGCAAGGAGGAGCUGAUAGGAAUAGCUGUGGUCUUGUUUGUCAUAUUUAUGUUGAUCAUCCUUUUUAUCAUUUUUCGCAAGAAAGUUUUUAGGAAGAACUAUUCCCGCAACAACAUCACUCUCGUACAGGAUCCAGCUACUGCUGCCCUGCUCAACAAGAGCAACGGCAUCCAGUUCAAGAACAUCAGGAACAGUGGAGACAGCAGAAAUAUCUACCAAGAGGUUGGGCCUCCGCAGGUCCCAGUGAGGCCAAUGGCCUAUACCCCAUGCUUCCAGAGUGACUCGAGGAAUAACCUGGACAAGAUAGUGGAUGGGCUUGGUGUGGAGCACCAGGAGAUGACAACAUUUCAUCCUGAGUCCCCUCGAAUACUAACGGCCAGGCGUGGGGUGGUGGUGUGCAGCGUAGCUCCAAACUUGCCUGCUGUGUCUCCUUGUCGCUCCGACUGUGACUCCAUCAGGAAGAGCACGUGGGAUGCUGGGACAGAAAGUAAAGGGGUUGAUGACGCUGAAGAAGUGACCUGUUUUGCAGGAAGUAAUAAAGGCAGCAACUCCGAAGUACAGUCCCUCAGCUCCUUCCAGUCUGAUUCUGGUGAUGAUAAUGCUUCCAUAGUGACUGUCAUACAGCUUGUCAACAAUGUAGUUGACACAAUAGAAAAUGAAGUGUCUGUUAUGGAUCAAGGACAGAACUACAACAGAGCGUAUCAUUGGGAUACCUCUGACUGGAUGCCAAGUGCUCGUUUGUCCGACAUUGAGGAAGUGCCCAACUUUGAGACGGCAGACGGAGGCUCGGCUCAUCACGGCAGCACCAGAGAGCUGGAAACAGAUUACUACCUUGGUGGCUACGACAUUGACAGUGACUACCCUCCCCCUCACGAAGAGGAGUUUUUAAGCCAGGACCAGUUACCACCUCCUCUUCCAGAGGAUUAUCCGGACCAAUAUGAAACUCUCCCACCCUCGCAGCCGGUCUCAAUGGCAAGUACGCUCAGCCCCGAUUGCAGGCGACGGCCGCACUUCCACCCUAGCCAAUACCUCCCUCCUCACCAGUUCCCCAAUGAGACAGACACCGCAGGGUCUCAGACUGGGAACGAAUUUAGUACUUUUGCUGUUGGCCCAAGCCAGAACACAGAAAAUGUUAGUGCAGGUAAGAUGCCCUUAUCCUUGCACAACUCCCUAGAUGCCUCCUCCUCUGACGUCUCAGCCAGCUGUGGCUUUGAUGACUCCGAAGUAGCCAUGAGUGACUAUGAAAGUGUGGAGGAACUCAACCUAGAAAAUAUUCACAUUCCAUUUGUGGAGACCCAGCAUCAGACACAAGUGUAAAGGAAGCUCCCUUCUUCUUCCUCUUCCUCCUCUUUUUUUUUUUCCUUUUUUUUUUUCAUUUGGUCCAAUUAAUAGUAUAAAUAUUGAGAAGAAAUUUUGCUGAAGGUGUAUCUAUAUAUAUUGGGCAAGGCAAAAUACAGUAUAACCCAUUAUUAACUUUUGGAAAUGAUACUGUAUGUGCAGACACGAAGAGACCAAUUGUGUUAAGUAUCAUCACAAAAUUGUUACGGACAAUCUGGAGAAUAUGUACCUUCUAUUUAUUACCAAGAGUAAAACUCAGCUUUUGAGGCAAGGGGAAAUAAUAAUUGCUAAAUAAUUUCUUUCUCUCCCACAAAGUUUGAUUUUUAUUUU